CGGCCUCCGGAUCCAUUGGAUUUUGCAAAUUACCAAAUAACAAUUAUUUAAUUCCAGGCCCUGCCCAUCCCCCCCCCCCCCUCCUCGAACUGCUCUUGUCUUUCGACUCUUCCUCUUCUCCAUUCCUCCUAUCCAUCUUUCUCAUUCCCUUUACUUUCCCACCUUACCCUCCCGGAUUGUUCCCUCCUAGAAGUGGUGUUUACGCUCUCCUUAUUAUUUCCUCCUCUCUCCGUUUGAGUUUCUUUGCGUCCAAGAACUUACAACCAUGUCGGACGCUCCCAAGCCCUCAGUGGUGCUCGAGGCCCACGAGGUCGACACUUUCCACGUUCCCAAGGCUUUCCACGACAAGCACCCGACCGGAACUCACCUGAAGGAUCUCGACGAGUACCAGAAGCUCUACGAUGAGUCCAUCAAGAGCCCCGACACUUUCUGGGCUCGUAUGGCUCGUGAGCUCCUCACUUUUGACCGCGAUUUCCAGACCACUCACUUCGGCUCUUUCGAGAACGGCGACAAUGCCUGGUUCGUCGAAGGUCAGCUGAACGCCUCAUUCAACUGCGUUGAUCGUCACGCUCUGAAGAACCCCGACAAGGUCGCGAUUAUCUACGAGGCCGAUGAGCCCAACGAGGGCCGCACCAUUACGUACGGCGAGCUGCUGCGCGAGGUCUCUCGGGUUGCCUGGGUGCUCAAGCAGCGCGGCGUCAAGAAGGGAGACACGGUCGCCAUCUACCUGCCCAUGAUUCCCGAGGCCGUGAUUGCCUUCCUGGCCUGCUCCCGUAUUGGUGCCGUGCACUCCGUCGUCUUUGCUGGUUUCUCCUCCGACUCUCUCCGGGAUCGCGUGAUUGACGCCCAGUCCAAGGUUGUCAUUACCACCGAUGAGGGUAAGCGUGGUGGAAAGGUUAUUGGCACUAAGCGCAUUGUCGACGAGGCCCUGAAGCAGUGCCCUGAUGUUACCACCUGCCUGGUGUACAAGCGUACCGGCGCCGAGGUCCCCUGGACUGCCGGUCGGGAUUUGUGGUGGCACGAGGAGGUUGAGAAGUAUCCCAACUACCUGGCCCCCGAGCCGAUGAACUCCGAGGAUCCUCUUUUCCUUCUCUACACUUCCGGUUCUACCGGCAAGCCCAAGGGUGUUAUGCACACGACCGCCGGUUAUCUGCUCGGUGCGGCUAUGACCGGUAAAUACGUGUUUGAUAUUCACGAGGACGACCGUUACUUCUGCGGUGGUGAUGUCGGCUGGAUUACCGGUCACACCUACGUUGUUUACGCUCCUCUGCUCCUCGGUUGUGCUACCGUUGUUUUCGAGAGUACUCCCGCUUACCCCAACUUUUCCCGCUACUGGGAUGUUAUCGACAAGUACGAUGUCACCCAAUUCUACGUCGCUCCCACUGCCCUGCGCCUGUUGAAGCGCGCCGGUGACGAGCACAUCCACCACAAGAUGAAGUCUCUGCGCAUUCUGGGCUCUGUUGGUGAGCCUAUUGCUGCCGAGGUGUGGAAGUGGUACUUCGAGUCCGUUGGAAAGGAGGAAGCCCACAUCUGCGAUACCUACUGGCAAACCGAGACUGGUUCUAAUGUCAUCACCCCUCUGGGCGGUAUUACCCCCACCAAGCCCGGUAGUGCCUCUCUUCCCUUCUUCGGCAUUGAGCCUGCGAUUAUCGACCCCGUCUCUGGAGAGGAGAUCACCGGCAACGAUGUUGAGGGUGUUCUUGCCUUCAAGCAGCCCUGGCCCAGCAUGGCCCGCACCGUUUGGGGUGCUCACAAGCGUUAUAUGGAUACCUACCUGAAUGUGUAUAAGGGCUACUACUUCACCGGAGAUGGCGCUGGUCGCGAUCACGAUGGUUACUACUGGAUCCGUGGCCGUGUUGACGACGUUGUCAACGUUUCUGGUCACCGUCUGUCCACCGCUGAGAUUGAGGCUGCCCUUCUUGAGCACCCCAUGGUCGCCGAGGCCGCCGUUGUUGGUAUCUCCGACGAGCUGACCGGCCAGGCUGUCAACGCCUUCGUUGCCCUCAAGGACGGCAAUGAGACCACUGACCAGGUGCGUAAGGAUCUGGUUAUGCAGGUCCGCAAGUCGAUCGGUCCCUUCGCUGCCCCCAAGGCUGUGUUUGUGAUCGACGAUCUUCCCAAGACCCGCAGUGGAAAGAUUAUGCGCCGUAUUCUGCGCAAGAUUCUCAGCGGUGAGGAGGACAGUCUGGGUGACACCUCAACUCUGUCCGAGCCUGGUGUUGUGGACAAGAUUAUUGCCACCGUCCACGCCGCCCGCGCCAAGUAAAACGUCGAGUAUAUGAAUUGAUGAUAAUGAAUGCUUCAGAAGAGUUUGCCCUUUUUUGAAAGUUCUUCUUAGGUGUGUUGAUUGGUAUUUCCUUCGAUUUCCACGUCGCCUCCAGGACUGUCCGUAAUGUGGGCAUGCGAGAUUUGAUGUAUUUCUCCGUUUCUUUCUGUAUUUGAGAUUCCCUGAUCUGUCUAUCCAGUUGUUGUGUGAAUAGUAUUAUGCUUCUGGAUAUCAAUGAUCUUGACCUUCCUAUCAUUCGCAAUGUGCAUCUUGGUUACUCAGACAUAAAUAGCAAGAUAGGUACUUAGUAGAGAGUACAUAAGUAUACACCCCUAAA